CUCCUGCAUCUCAUGUGGCAUGUGGUUAGGAGGAAGAAAAAUUUCGAUCAGCCAGAUCUUCAGGGGAAGCAGCCUGACUACAAACUGUCAAGAUGGAGAAGAGCUUGGCAAUGGUUAUGAAGAACGCCUCCACGGCGAUAUACCUUGAUAGUGAAAACAGGCUUGUGGAGGCCUAUGUCCAGUAUUUACAGUGUCUCUCCAGCAUAGCCACACAGCUGCUGGAAAAUGCCACAGAAAUUGGUUAUGAGCUGGUUGCCAGCAAACCCAUCCAGAAGUAUGUCCAGCUAGGGCAGCAAUGUAUGGAAAGGAUCGGUAUUAUCCUGGACAAACUAGGCGAGAAUCCCACACGCAGCCAAAGAAAGAAGUCUGAUGCGUUCAACACAGAGACAGAAAUCCUCAACACCUUGUCCGGGAUUCCAGGCUCUGUUUCCACCGCGUCUAACCCGGUGGCAGUGAUCUCGGGGGCCCAAAUCCUCCAACCUGCCAUUGUUAACUCUGCAGAGGAUGUCUACCUAAUCUCCACACCCCCACUGGUGGACUCCACGGGAUCCUACCGCAAACCUGUACUCAUUGGUCCUAUGGAACUAGCCUAUCGUUACAACCAGCAACUACUGAAUGCCUACAGAUCCAGAACGGCCAGAAUGAAUCAUGCUGCCGCCUCCACACUCAACUUAACAGUGCAAAGAAAGAUGGCGGAAAACUUAGCUAUUGCAAAACGACAGGAAGCUGCUCUAGAGAAGAAGAUGAAAGAGAGACAGCAGCGUUUAGAGGAGCAGGCCACCAGGAGGUUUUCUGUCCCAACUGGCAUGUCUAAGAAGGAGCAGGAACAGAGACAGACAUACAAACAGAUCCUGGCUUAUGAGCAGGAUAUGAAAUGGCUGGCAGAAUGGAGAAGGAAACUGGAUGAAAACCCUACUGAUGAAGUUUUAAUCCACCAGCUGAUAACAGAGAUCCUCAAAUGUGCCGAUCAUCCCCUGACGCUCCUUAUAAAGAAGUACCAGUACAAGCUCUGCCAGGCUCUGUCUCCACUGGUGGUCAAGAAGAUAGGAGAACUGGAAGAUGUGAGGGUGUCCAUUGAUGAAACAGAGAAAAAUGUACCAAAUAUAUCAGAAUUACUAUCUGCAGCCGCAAGGGGAAGUAACUCUAAUUCUUCUCCAAACGUGAAUAACAGCACCUCUGAGUCAGACAGUAAGAAAAGUGUGCAGAAAGAUAGCAAGUCAAGGGAGAUAACUGAUGAUGAUGAUGCUGUAAAUGACAAAGUCACAGAUAAGGGAGAAAAAGAAGGGAAAAGAGAAGGUGGAAAUGGUGAUGUCAAGGAUGGAGGAGUAAAAGGUCGUGGUUCAGAGAUCAUGACCCCCACUGACGUUUGCAACCAGAUUAAAGACGAUUUAGAAACAGCCAUUGCCAAAGGGGAUGAUUUAACGGACAAGUUAAAGUCUGAACGUAAAAUUCUCACUAAAAUGGCUUCCAAAUCCAUGGAAAAGUCAGUGGAGGAUUAUGAAGAUGAAAUCUCCAAUGAAAUUUGGGGAGAUGAUGAAGAGGUAGGAGAUAUUGGUGAAUUAAAAUCCCCAUCAAAUGAGAACGGUGACACUAAGCCGAGAUCGGACUCCAUGGGGAGUACAGAGUCUGUGGACUCACACACGCAGAAGUGGCAGUCUCUGUACAGCCAGUCUGAGGACAGUCAGAGCUUAGACUCAAUGAAGAACGAGGCAUAUGCUCGCCAUCUCAAGUGGAUCUCACAGGACGUGCACUCUUACAUGGAGGAGAUUCAGGUGAUGUUUAUCGUAGCCUAUGAGAAGUUAGAUUCACUUGUGGGACGGGAUCAGUGCCAGGCUUCCUUGGAGGAACCCUUCUUCAAGCCUAUCUGGGCUCAUCUGCUGGCUCUUUUCAGACUGGCAAACUUGCCAAAGGAACAUGCUUUGGCGGAAGUGAUGUCAAAGUACCACAGUGUUUCACCCAAGGAUGUUGGUGUUCGUCCCAAACUCUGUCUGACACUGCCCCCUGGUGAGAACGAGGAGAACUACCUUCCCUAUCGCCCAGCGAUUACAGAGCUAAGGAGAGUUUCAGAUUCUUUCAGUCCCCUUAAUAAACUGGAGUGUUUAGUGCGUGUCUCAAAAUGUGCAUGUCAGUGUGUAGAGGAGUAUUACAAAAAUACAGCCAAAGACAGCUCCAAGAAACAGCCAAAUAUAGGCGCAGAUGACCUUCUCCCAAUCCUAACCUACGUGAUCAUCCGUAGUCGUCUCCCUCAGGUUGUGUCAGAGUGCCAGGCCAUGGAAGAGUUCAUCCAUGAAGGGUAUUUAAUGGGAGAGGAAGGUUACUGUCUGACGUCUGUACAAACUGCGAUAAACUACAUUGUGUCUAUCCACAAGAGAGCAAUUGCAAAGCAGUGAUUGGAUGAUCGGUUUAAUGUAGCUCUGAUAUAACAGGUGUCCUAUCAUUUAGGUACAUUGGUUGUGCUUUUUCAUGAAAUACAGCAUAGUUUGGCAAAGCACUACUGUGUGGGAUGUUCCAUGCACUGUAACAUAAUUGUGUUAACAUUGUCAGCCACUCAAAUUUAAGUCUGUGAUUUGUGAGAAUAAUAUUUCUAGGCAUGACAUAAUUUAUAGAUAGUGAGAAAAUGAAUUUCAUACUCUGAGGAUUGCUAAAAAGUAACUAUGCUUUAUGUCUACAGGAUUCAAUUUGAAAUUCUUUUACAUGUAUUUUAUGUAAUUUAAAAGUGAUUUCCAUUGUUAGACUUUUAAAAGCACAAAAGAAAUAUUUUUAUCACUCUGGAAUAAUAUUUUGAGGUCCAUUUAGCUGCUCUAGUAGUUGUGGUUUUCUCCCCUGGCUGUUUCUCACAACCUUGAUGAUUUAUGGGACAAAUCAAAUGAUCAUUUUAAAUAUUAUGUCAUUGAGGCCUUUUUAAAUGUUAUGCUAUUCUCAUCCUAGAAUAGGACGUUUGAUAGUAGAAAUGUUAAGAGGAGAUAACAAUCUUGUUGAAGGAAAACCAUUGCAAUUGGCAAAUAAAUAAGUUGUGUUACCUCUAGGGUCAUAAAAACAUUAAAAAACCAUCAGAAAGAAACACAAGAAUCUCACGUUAAAAAUCUUGUGAUGCCGGAGAUAGAUAGGGCAUAAUUUAUUUAUUAUGUUGAAAAAAAGAGAUAUUAUGUAAGUUUCAUAGGAAACAGCAAAGAUCACUAUUUUGUACGCUGUUAUAAAAGGGAGAUAAUAUGAUUAUUACAGAUUUUUAGAUAAAUACAGAUGGUUGUAGAUUCUGUUUUACUACCAAAGAUUUUUAAUGAUGUGGCAAAGCCUGGAUAUUCCAACCUGUCAUGGGACCAUUGAUAAAAGUUUGUUAUUCAUAGAGUUUAUCUGAAAUCUGAGAAUUCGGCAAAAAGCAGAAUUCAGCAGUUGUUUCAAGACAUUGAAUUAAUAUCUUAUAAUCAACACUGAAACAUACUUGAUGUUUUAGGGUUUGGUUACAAGUCUGACACUGCUGCUCAGUGGCUAGAGUGCCUGCAGUGAUUGUAGCUGACCAGUCACCAGUGAUCAGACCUAAGGCCGGUCAGGUCUCAGACUGUUAAAAUGAUAGUUUGGUGCUUUUUGAUUAAAUGCUUAGCAUAUGAAUAAACACCGCUCACCCAUUAUUGAAGUGCAGUUAUGAGUGGUUGGUGUGGUGUCAUGUCUAGUGUCAUUGGCAGAGUGAUGAAUGGUUAGUGUGGUGUCAUGUCUAGUGUCAUUGGCAGAGUGAUGAAUGGUUAGUGUGGUGUCAUGUCUAGUGUCAUUGGCAUGGAGCUACAUCUACACAGUGUUGUGAUUUGUCUUAAAUAUUUAACAAAGCUGUGUUAACACCCAAGCAAACAACGACCACAAAGGUACAUGUCAGAGAUAGUCAUACAUUACUCAUUCAGUGUUGUGCUUCUCAAUUUUUCUACAUAUACUCACUACGGUGCUGUGUUUUUGUCUAGUUUUUAGGUGCGACAGCAUUUACUGACAUGUGCAAGUACAGGUACGAGCAUAAUAUUCAGGAGACAUACUGUCUUUGUAAAUGUAGUAUUUCGAAAAUGUAGGUGCUGUUAAAUGAGAUGAACAGUUUAUCAGUAACACUAAGUUCUCUGAUAGGGAAACAGUCCCCUACAUUGGUUUUGAAUAGUGUAUAAAACUAGGAAAUUAGAGGAUUUUGUCUUAAAGCUCUAAUGCAUUCUUCCAAUUAGCUUGGUGCUCUUUUCUUAAUACCUUGGACAUGUAUCAGCAAAACAACUUUAAUAGUUUGGUCCCAAAGAAUUUUUGACAUUCAGCAGCUUUAUACUGUUUGUAUGCCUACAAGUGUAUGUUAUGAGCGAGCAUAAAUAUAAGAGAAGCACUACCGUGCUUGGCACUCAUCACUGUUGAUCAAUAAAAUAUGACUGGUUGGCCCGGGGUCAGUAUAAGGUGACUGGGUGUGGUGUCAUAUCUGGUAUCUUCAGCACAGUACGUCAGUGACAGCAGCACUUUGGCAGCAUUGGCUCGCCCUCCCACCAGACAGUAUAACAGUAUAAUAUGUACACACACCAAUAAAUGACUCCUCAUCAUAUGACUGAAAAAUUAAGUAGGAUAUAAAAUCCCAAGCGUACAUACAUAUCAACAUGUGAACAGAAGAGCUCAAAAGUAAGAAUCUCUGGACCAACCAUGUGCAGUCCUGGUGUCCCCAUUUUCUGGACAUGCAGCUUUAGUUAACCCAGUUAACCCGGGUCAAGUCAAUAUUUUGGUGCCCAUCUUCGGGAGAUUUUCACAUCUUUGGUGGCAGGAACUUCCAUGCCCAUAAAUAUCUACAAACCUUUUGUUGGCCAAAAAAAAGAACUUUGUUAUAGCAUGCGGUACAAACUUGAGAAAUUGAUAAGAGCAAAAAAUGGAGCAUCCAUUUCAUGGGAUAAACUCUGUUUCUGGAUCAGGCCAAUCAAAUGGAAGGUUAUGCACUUCAACUUUAAAUGUUGAAUGUUGCAAUGUUAUUUUAGGAUGGACCUGCAGCUGUGGUUAUGAAACCAUCUGACCUUUCCCAGUUGCCAGAUAAGAAUAGUGG